CUGCGGAGAGCUAAAGCAUGUAGAACAGCAGCAAGAAGGUCCGAGUUUCCUCCUGCUCUUUAUCAUGAAGUUUCUCCUCCUCCUCAGUGUGUGUGUUGCUCUGGCUCGGGCCAGUUCUGAUUACGAUGAUGAAAAUGAUGCAGAAGUAAAAACAACACAGCCCACAACUGAUUUCAAAGAUCCUCGAGGUCACAGGCCUCAGAACCGAGGGCGUGAAGUUUACAUACCUGUCGCUGCUCCACCUCCCGUUAGUGGACGAGGACGUUAUGGACCUAGACCCACUGCGACCACAGACAGAAAUCUUCAGGAGGAGAAGAAGGAAAUUCCUGACAGCGGAGGAUGUGUUCACGCCUCAGAGACAAUGGGUGUCCUCUGUCCCACAGGCUGUGAGCUGAAGACAGCUUUACUGAAGCAGGAGCGUGACAUUAAACCCACCGUGGCUCUGCUGAAAAGAGACGUGGAAUCUCUGUCACAGACAUCCAACUCUGUGUACAGAUACGUGGAGGAGCUGAGCUCAGAGAUCACCGAGAGACAGAGGAUCAACAACGGUAAUGACGAGUUGGUCAGUCAGUACACAGAUGACCUGGAGGUCCAGCACUCGUAUGUGAAAGAAUCAGUGGACAUCACAUUUCCACAAAACAUUAAAAUCCUGCAGGCAGUUCUGGAGAAACUGCGGGACAAGAUCCAGCGUCUGGAGAAGGCGGUCACUGACCAGAAGGCGAAGUGCACUGAGCCAUGUGUAGUGUCCUGCCCCGUUCCAGUCGUCUCCGGAAAAGACUGUGAGGAUGUUUACAGGAACGGAGGAGAGAGCUCUGAGAUGUAUUUUAUUCGCCCAGAAGCCUCACAAGCACCAUACAAGGUCUACUGCGACCAGACAACACAGAACGGAGGCUGGCUGCUCAUACAGAACCGACUGGACGGCAGCGUGGACUUUGGCCGGCGAUGGGACGAUUACAAGAGAGGUUUUGGAAACGUGGCAUUUGAUGUUGGGAAAGGUUUCUGCAACACUCCUGGUGAGUACUGGCUCGGUAAUGACCGCAUCAGUCAGGUCACUAAGACGGGUCCAACUGAGGUUCUGAUCGAGAUGCAGGACUGGGCAGGCACGAAGACGUACGCUCAGUACCAGCAGUUCACUGUACAAGGCGAGGCCUCCAACUACAUCCUGGCAGUGGACAAAUAUUCUGGCACAGCAGGAAACACCUUCCUCACCGGGGCAACAGAGCUGUUGGGUGUAAAUCGUACCAUGACCAUCCACAAUGGCAUGAUGUUCAGCACCUACGACAGAGACAAUGACCGCUGGGAACCUGGUGACCCGUCCAAGCAGUGUGCUAAAGAAGAUGGUGGUGGCUGGUGGUACAACUCCUGUCAUUCAGCCAAUCCUAACGGCCGAUACUACUGGGGCGGAGCUUACACGAAAAAAAUGGCCAAGCACGGUACAGACGAUGGCAUCGUGUGGAUGAACUGGAAGGGCUCGUGGUACUCGCUCAAGGCCAUCAGCAUGAAGAUCAGACCUUUCUUUGCUGAGAGUUAACACACACACACACACACACACACACACAGACAGACACACUUUUACUGUGUGAAAAAAGUACUCUUAUAAUAAAAAAGGAAAAAAGAUGAAAAAGAUGUUGAUGUCGAUGAAAUAUGAAGAUAAGAAGAACUGCAUCCUGUCAGUAAAGCUGUUGAUGUGGAAAAUAAAAGUGUGUGAACUUUA